UUGAGAGAGAAGGAAGAGAAAGAAACAAUAGAAAGGCAGCUGAAAGAAAAGGAAGAGCUUGAGAAGGAGGAAGAGAUGAACACAAAAGUUGCAGACCAGCCUGAAGUGGAUGCAAGACAAAAAGAAGCUGAUGCAAUAAAGCCUGCUGAGGUUGAGAAGAUGAAGGACAAAGGCGACGUGACGAAGGAAAUACCCGAGGCUCAUGCUGCCAUUGAGUCUGUGGUGACAGUUGAAGAUGAUUUCAUUACUGUGGUCCAAACCAUUGAUGAAGCCGAAGAGCCGGGCCACAGCGUUCGUUUCUCUGCCCCACCUGAGGCCGAAGCAGUUUGCAUUGCUGCCCAAAAAGAAGAAGAAGAAGAAGAGGAAGAAGAGUCUGUGGAGCUGGCUCAGGAAGCGGACAUAGAGGCUGCCAGUUUAGAGGAAAUGGGAGAUGUUCCUGAAAUUCCCGGCUCCCCCGAGAGGGAGGCUCAGACCAUAGAAACAGAAGGACCAACAGAAAGCUAUGAUAGAGAUGAAACCACAAUGGAUGACUCCAUUCUGGACAGCUCCUGGGUUGACACUCAAGAUGACGAUAAGAGUAUGGUAACAGAGCACACUGAGCCUUUGCCCAAGAUGUCUAGUCCGGUCAAAAAACCUGCUGUGGUCCAGAACAAACUGGCACAACAGUGGAAGACAGAGAAACAGGAAAAGCCAGUUAAAGCCAAGACUAAGGGGGGGCGGCCUAAGGGACGAAUCUCGACUCCAGAACGCAAACCUACCCGCAAAGAACCUGCCUACAUCCCCAAAGAGGAACUCAAGAAGAAAAAAGUGAUAAAGAAGGUUGACCUUGCCAAAAAAAUGGAGACUCGGACUCAAUCCCCGUCCAAGAGGACUGCGGGGAAAGCAGCAGUCCGCCAGACCCGUCCUAUCCAGCACCACUCCUGCCCCAGGAGAAUAACCACAGAAAUCCUACCUGACAGUCGUCAGCCUCUCAGCGUUGCCAGACAGUCUCGUGACAGAGCAUCGGAUGGUGGGUCACGGAGCCCAGAGAAGAGGUCUUCAGUGCCACGCCACACCUCAUUCAUGAGUCGCCGUGGGCCCCAUGACCAUGAAGAGAGCUCUACCUCUAUCACUAGCUCUGGCUCUACGGCUCCUCGCAGGCCCACAUCCUUUCGCACUGAGAUGAGGGCAGAACACAGGACAGGGCGAGCUCCUAGCAUGACAGUUACAGAAUCAGUGCGCUCACGUUCAGCUCGCAGUGGCCACUCCACCCCACGCACCCCUGGCUCAACAGCCAUCACCCCAGGAACUCCUCCCAGUUACUCAUCAUCUUCGAGGACCCCCGGGACCCCACGCUCCCUCAGUUUGAUUUGUCAGGAGAGGAAGGUGGCUGUGGUCCGUACCCCACCCAAGUCACCUGCAACCACACCCAAGCAGCUCCGUAUUAUCAACCAGCCACUCCCUGACUUCAAGAAUAUCAAGUCUAAGAUUGGCUCCACAGAGAAUAUCAAGUAUCAGCCUAAAGGAGGACAGGUUUUCAUCCCCAGUGUUAAACUGGACUAUAGCCAUGUUCAGUCUAGGUGUGGGUCCUUGGACAGGCGUGGCUACUCGGCAGGAGGUGGAAACGUACAAAUACAGAACAAGAAGAUUGACUUGAGCCAUGUGACCUCCAAGUGUGGCUCUCUAGACAACAUCCAUCAUCGGCCAGGAGGUGGUAAUGUGCGUAUCGAGAGUGUGAAGUUGGACUUCAAAGACAAAGCCCAAGCAAAGGUGGGUUCCCUGGAAAAUGCUCACCACAUUCCUGGUGGAGGCCACGUCACGAUUGAAAGCCACAGGUUGACAUUUCGGGACAAUGCCAAGGCCCGAGUAGAUCAUGGAGCCGAGAUCAUCAUCCAGUCACCAGGUCUCUCUGGCUCAGUGUCUCCCCACCGCAUCCGCGAAAGCCAUCUAUCAUCCUCCGGGAGUCUCAACAUGAUGGAUUCCCCACAGUUAGCAACCUUGGCGGAGGAUGUCACUGCAGCUCUGGCCAAGCAGGGUUUGUGAACACUGGAUCUCUGGAUCGCUGCUCUGCACCCAAGACGUCCUCAUCCUGAUCCAUUCAAACUUUUCCGCCCUCUCCUGCCACCCUAAGGCUGACUGAUCACCGCUACUACUCAGCUAAACCGGUUCUAAGUAGAGACUCAAAGUAGGAUCUACUGUACUUUGGUCCUAUUUACUCUGUUUUCUGUCUAUUUUAAACCCAAACGUCCUAUUUCUGAUUGAUUUUGAUCUCCCUCGUUUUGAAUCAUGUUGCAAAGAAAAGUUUGCUGUAACCUCUAAAUAGUGGGGACAAAAGAUUGGCUUUACUGGUCUUGGAUCAGUGUUGAAGAAGCAACAGCCUUUUUUCUACUUUGAAUAAGAAAUAACGCGACGACCACCACACCACACCGCACGUAUUGCUCUUGUUCAGUAAACGUGCAUGGACACCCUAUCAAAACACGCAUCCUUACUGCAAGUCAUUCUUGUCAUCCAAUAUAUAAUAUAUUUAUCAAAUAUAUAUAGAAACAUGUAUAAAAUAAAGGUUCUUUGCCAUCUACAUGUCCUGAAAACAUUUUAAAAGGAAGUGACAAAAAUGGCUUGAAAAUCUGUAAAAUUGCAUUUAUGCAAGCAACUAGGUCAUGUUACCACGAGCAUGUAUGGAUUCAAGUCUUAAAAGAGGCUAUUUUGUAAUUUAAAAUAAGGAUUUUAGUAAGUUAUUUCCUCAUUUAUUGGAUAAAAAUUAAACAAGUUCAUGUUUUGUAGUUAAUAGUUGUUUACAGUGUAAUGCUUGGUGACAAUGUCAGACAGCUGAUUUGGUGUUGCUAAAGAAUGCAUCUGAGUCAUGUCAAAGUGCAUCACACACUUGCACCUGCUCAGCGGUUCAACGCAGAAGCCUGUCCAUACAUCACAGCAGUAUUAAACACUGGCACUCAUUCAAACAUCCUCAAAAGGAAAGUCUGUUCAGACGCAGCUCACAAGAAUAAACAGCACUGACAUUUCUCCAGUAUUACAGGCUGACAUUGCCGUCAUCGGGACUGCCGGAACCACAGAGGAGAUGCUACAAUUUGCGACCUGAUAUUUAGCAGAAGAUGCAGCUACUCUGAAAUCUGUCUGUGCGUGUGCUUUUUGGUGCAGGUCCCCUGCUGUUUUACAGCGGACGCUACCAUAUCUGGAUGUUUUGUUGCAAUAUGUGGGAGAAUAAAUUGGACAAAAAUAUUUUGAAAAAUCCUAAAAGUUAAAAAGACUCAGUCAACUCCUGAUAUGUCUGUUAGGAAAAAAAAGUGUUUGGGUGAUCUAGUUUCUUUUUCAGACACCAUUUGUGGUAUGCCCUGCCUCCUGCCUACUACUUACUGCCCUCACCUGCAACUGUUUGUUUGCUUCCGUGUUUUUUCUGCAUUCCCCAUCUCUGUGUGCCCCUUCCCCACCUCCUACUCCAACCUACAGCAACUGUAAAUGUAUUUAAAAGGUCAAGUAGAUGUACGCAGUUUUUCUCUUGUUGAUAUGACACCAGUUACAAUAAUUAAUGACAAUAAAACGACCAAAAAAUGGGAAAAAAAAA